AUGGGAGAUUCUAUGGAUGCUACAUCGUUGGACAUGGACCAAAUCCUUGGCAUAAUUGAAGAUGUGCAUGCAGAGGGGCAGACAAAACAACGAGACCAGGUUGGAACGACUGAGAAACGGCAAAAACGCAGCCUCGACAACAUCGGUCUCGGACCUGGAUCUGCCAAGAAACCUCGAGCCAAAAGCAAGCUGUCGAAGAACCAGGUUUUCCAUGAUCAGCAAUCGCGAGCUUAUAAUGCCAGUGGACGGGCCAGGAAUCAAGAUUUCCAUAUGCCCUUGCAUGAGUUCGGUCUAGAUCGUCAGCCCGUUGGAGGCAGAGGCCAGUGGAGAGUAUGGUCGUCUCCUGCUGUUCUUCGAGCGGCUUUCAGUUCUGAAAAAUCCACUUGUCGCCAGAUUAAGGAUUCCAUUGAAGGAGCUGGCCGCAGAAACAGUUCUGGUAGUCGUUAUGUUGUGGCAGAAGCUAUCCUGCAUGGCCAAGCCGUAGGUAUCCAGAAGCUGCAGAAGCCGGUCUCAGAAGAUGCAGAGCCGACGAAAUUGGCAUAUGCCAUUCGUAAUAUCAUGUUUGACGAGUCUACUUUCGACUUGUUGAUGAAUGGUGUAUCGGCUUCGUAUUCCGUACUUUGUUCUCAUGGUCAAUUGACGUACCGUCUUGAGGACGAGGAUUUGGUCCACGAUGAACAUAUAUUCAGGUCCCCUGCAGUUCUCAGCCCAGUGAUGAAUUCGGCCACGAUGCAUGCAGCUUUGAGUGCCGGCCCUGGGGGAUUUGCACAGGUCUUCGAAGGCAAGUAUUUGGCAACUUUGACCAUAUCGGAUGCUCAUGCUGCCAAUAUUCGCUUACUGAGAUUCGUUGACCAACAGCUGUGUGAUGAUCAGAAUCAUUUCUUCUUGCCAUCCCUAUGCCUGCAACACAGAGUGGGUAAUAUAGUGGAGCAAUUGACGAAAUUUCUGGGAAACUUGGGUGGUAAUUUUUCCAUUGCGAAGGUAUUGAAUAAGGGCAAUCUGUUGAAGGAUCUUCGGGCAAAAGCUGAUGGUCACAUUGCCCGUACAUUGCGAGUCUUGAAGGAAACCCCUGCAGCAUUGACAGAGGAGUGGUCUCAAGCCCAACAAGAAGCCCGGGAUUUGAUCCAGUUGUGUAUGAGCUAUAACGAUACCACGGAUCCUAUCCGCUCAGGGACUCAGCGGGAAGCCUUCCAGCGGCUUGCCGACUUCUUCAACGGACCUUGGACAGGACCGAGCUUUGCAGGGACGGUACUUAGUGAGUGCAACGCUUUGUCGGAGUAUAGCUUUCCGGAGGCCCCUUCAGGAGCUACUGCACUUCGAGAGCGAUCACGAAGGGCAGCAGCGGUCUCUGACCUGGCCAGACUACUUGUCACGGACUCAUACGGCAAGGGGCAGCACCCUAUGCACUGCGUGCUGGAAUUGCCCAAUGGUGCCCAGUGCUGGUUGGGAGGAAUCGGAGCGAGUGGGGAUGUGCAGGUGCUUAUUGCCAACGGAAUCGGAGCGAUCUUGGCAGCAGCGUCCCACCCUCCGGUGAUAAGGGAUUCCAGAAUUGACUUUCUGGGAAAUCUGGACGGCACAGGCGUGGUUCAUGGAGACAUCGACCAGGGCCUGGUUAUCAACAUGUUCCAGCGGAUCAUCAAACUUUUGUCGUCUGGGAUGAAGGUGCUUAUAUCCUGCAAGAACGGGGCUCAUAGGAGCAGCUUCCUAAUGGCCCUGCUCAUCAUCUUCUUGACGGGCGAGCCCUCGGAAGUGGUGUACUCGCACUUAAACAGUCUACGGGCCAUCGUUGACCUGAGCACCACGGCCCCAGAGUCGCGACACACGCAUGGUCGCAAGAAUGUCAGACCAAUCGAUGCCCUGGGCAAGAUGCAGCAAAUCUUCGCCGAAGAGGGCUAUCGGUCUCUGACCAGGCUCACCAGGCCAGCGCAGCACGCCCUGGGCUUCGACCAAGUGGCUCGCAGUCGCGAGAGUACGGAAUGGACCGAUGCCGGUGCCUACGUCUCUGCUCGUGGCCGUGGCGGUGCUCUUCCGAGCCUUCCCUUCAAGCGAGAUGCCGAGGCAAUGUCCGCAGAGUCCGGAGCUUCAGAAAGCGAGGCGGCCGUGGGGGCCUGGAUUCAAGUGUCGCUAUCGGAGUCGGAUGCUGGAGCAGAGACGAGCGAGGCCGAACCCAGGACUCCGAAAGAGCGGUCUCCGACCGGGCCAUCGACUCGGCUCCUUCCAACACCGAAGACCAAAGCGGGCAAGAUUGUGGAGCCUGCUCCGACCGAGCCGGCCUAUCUCCCUCCGACACCCAAGACCAAAGCGAGCAAGCCUCAGGAGACCCAGGAGCAGCAGGAGCAGGAGACUCAGGAGGAGACUCAGCCUGAUCCCUCACAGCGGUCUCCGACCGGGCCGUCGACACCUCGUGCAGGAUUCGAUGCACAGGACUUCGCCACGCUCAACAAACUGAUGAACAACCUCAAGGAGCUGGAUGAGAAGUUGAAAGGCGAUGAUACAGCGGCGGCCGAGCAGGAGGAGGAGGAGGACACUCCAGAUUGGGGUGAUGCUGACGAUCCCUCCGGCGUCUCGCCUGGCGGUGCCCAAGAAGAGCUUCCCCAGCCAGAGCCAUCAAACAGAGAAGAGUUUCGUCGCUUGAUGGAGCUGUUGGAAGAGCAACAGCGUCAUUUGAUCAGUCUCAUGGCGCAGAGGGAGGCUGAAAGUCAAGAUGCACAGGCCAGGCAGGAAACCGCGGGUAUGGGGCUCAUCGAGGCGAUUUUCAAUCAGGAGGAAGACUUGGCUUUGGCCCUGAUCAAGUCGUUGCGGCCAGGUUCCAUUGAGAAUAUGGCGGAUCCGGCUGGCAUGACGCCCCUGCAUUGGGCGGUCCGCACUCAGAGCCUGUCCAUCCUGUGGGCAAUCCUGGAGAAAACGCCAGGAUUGGCAGACCGCCAUACAAGCAUAGGGCGGCUGCCGCCGCACUGGACACCACUGAUGGUGCUUGCAGACCAAGGCAAAAAUCAAAAUCCGGUGCACGUGCAGAUGGCUUCGGCACUAGUAAGGCAUAUGUCAAUCAAUGGGCUGCAGUGCCGCGGUGGUACACUGGCAACGGUGUCCCACCUGGCCGCUGCCCGCGGACACAUUCACAUCUUGAAGAAGGUCCUCUGGCGGCUCAAUGACCUGGGCCAGCACAAGCUCGUCAUGAGCCACCUAGAGAUGGCCAACAGCGUGGCCGAAGCGAGAGUCAAGGCGUCAUCUCUGGUUUCUGAGUGCUUACUUCGACCUGUUGUUGUCCCGGCCUUGAACAAGUGGACGAAGGUCUUUCCGUGCAUCGGCGCGUGUGUGCUUCUCGGGUCUUUCAGUGAUGUGGCCCAGUCUAUUUUUCGGGAGAGAUUUGGAGAUCGAGAGGUGCAUUCGCUCUCCGAGCUGGAUAGUUCCGAUGAUGCAGAUGAUGAGGCCCUGCAUGUUCCAAUCAAUGAAGUCAAGCGAUGGAUCAAGCUAGCAAAAAAACGCAAUGCAAAAGCAACCAGUUUCCUUUGUGAUGGGCAAGCACGAUUCCUGAAUAUGUUGUGGGUUCUUGUUGCAGCUCCGUGCAUGAAGCUCCAUUGGAUUCUCUUCAAGACAGCCACGUGGUAUUCAGAUCGAGGCCGAAAGCAGCCGGGUCCAACAGCCAGCGACGUACAAGAGCAAAUCUUGACAGUAGGGCAAUUUUGUGUUCCAUCCAAGAACCCCGGCAAGAAAGUGAUGAAGGAACUUCAAUUCCAGCUGGAGGACCCAAGUUCGGCUUUCAGGUUGCUGUGUUUCUUCUUCGGCGAGUUCGAAGAUUGGCCUCAGGCCCGGAAGCGAAUUGCUUUGAGAAGUAUAUUGCUCACUAUUGGUCAGUUGGCAAGAAAAGUGAUCGAGCCUUUCCUCUCCUAUCCAUGGAAGCUGUAUGAACUAUCGCUCCCCGACAUAGAUCUGGACUAUCAGAAAAGACUACUUCGAGAACUAUGCAAUGCCCCCGCCUGCUGUUUGGAUGCUGGCUUCAGUGGCAAGUUGAAGGCUUUGGUCGUGAGAGAAGCAGCGGUAGAGCAAGGCUUGUCCACUGAGUUGAGAGAGUUCAUGUUCGUCGUGUUUGAAAGAGUGGUACUGACAUCAACCUUUGUGGAGAGAAGGUUUGCUCAUUUCAAUCAUUGGACAGAUGUCAAGGGGAAGGGAGUCUCUUUGGCUCUUCUGGCAGCAAAGCACAUCACCAGGGUUUUCCAAGAUGCUGUGGAGGUUUGGAAACAUCGUAUCCAGGCACCUCGCUCUCAGAGCUGGUCUCGUCGUCCUUCCUGGUGUCGUAAAUCUGACACAGUAGCACGACAGAAUGGCAUGCAUCUAUUUGCUCAAGACAGACGUCAGUCCAUGAGUGGUUCUUGUCGUGGAAGCCAGGCAUCAAGGCAGUUCCUGGAAGAAUCACAGGAGGCGUGGAAGUUGCUGAGCGAUGAAGAGAAGAAAUCGUGGGGCGAGCGAGCUCGGCAGAGCAAUGCUCGUAAAGCAGCUCUGCAAAUGGCGGCUGCUGCAAAACGGCCGCCCGAUGUCCCUGGCGGGCCUUGGAAGUUAUCUCAGCCCUCGGCACAGUGGCCGUUGUCUGAGAAAUUUCUCACCGAUUUUCGGGCCCAGCACACGUUUGCCUCGGCUCAGAAUCGAUGGUGUCAGGUCUUUGGACCUUUGGAUCAGGUCAGGGAGAUCGCGCAUGCCGUACCGAUGUCAGUCGCGCAGGAUAUCGCCGUUCGUGAUGAUCGAACUUUGUUCCAAGCUUGUCCGCAUGCAAGUUGUGUUGCGGAUUGUUCUGAAGAGGAGACCGUUGUGUUCGGCCGCUUGCACACGUGCUUGUCCGUGCUGAUCAAGAGAUUCGACCCAGCAAAGAAAAACAUCAGUGCCUUGCCCCUGACGCUUCUUUUUGAAUGCAAGGACCAGAAAGAUAGUGCUAUCUUUAUGCUUGCAUUUCGCACGUACAUGCAAAAUGUCGAUGCAAUAUUUCUGGAACUGGACUCGGACAAAGAUCUCACAGUGGAUUCGAGCCCUCCGUUCACUCUCAAGUUCAAGAAAGAGAGACUCACUGGUAGCAUCAUUUGGAACAAUGACCUAUCCGUUUGCAAAUCUUUGGCAACCAGAAGUCGGACAUGGGAUAUAUCUCGUUUGACUUUGGGGGAUUUGCAACACGACCUGUCUUCUUUUCUGGUUUGUGACAAGCUACCUCAUGAUUUGCAAGAUCUGCUGUCUGAAGCAGCACAGCUCAAGGAACAAGAGCGUGCACUCAGGGCUGUGCGAUUGCUGCAGAGAGCACAGAGGAGGCCACGGCCGCGGUCUCAGAACAUGCGUGGCCGGGGCGGAGGUAGACGUCGUGGCAGAGGCAGAGCCGCCCGUCCUCGUCUUGUUGCGGGUGAUGACGGAGAUGACGAACUGGAAGAAGAGGAUAAUGAUGAUAAUGAUGAUGGUGCAGCUGAGUUUGAUGAUGCAGAGUGGGAGGGGAAUUUCAGCGGAGAUGACGAGGAUGAUGUUUGGGGACUUGAACAAGCGGAGACUCCAGGCCCAGAUAUGGAAAGGCCCUCGAGUUCAGCAGGUCAUGUAUCUUCAUCCGCUGUCUCAGCUGGAAGAAGUGCGGGAGGCGAUGUCGAUGCUGCCGCUGCCGUUCCCCCUCCGCCUGCUCCCGUCGCUGAGGACCCGGGCCAGCGGGCUGUUCGCCGAAACCAGCGAAGAGGUAUACCCUGGGGUCCCUUUAUGUUGUCACCUAUUGUACCUCAUCAUGGUAGACAAACUGGCUGGGGUGCAAUUUGCAACCUGCAUUGGGAUAGAGGUGAGGGGGCUAGCAGCACCCAGUGCAAAAAAGCAGUAUCCUAUGGGACCAUGGAUGAUGCUACUUGCAUUCUGAGACUGAAACGUUGGCUGUGUGCCGGUUUGCACGAUGAUGAGUUUCCCCAAACCAAUCCGCGAACCCAUCACGUGAAGAUGGGGGGUCCGGGUUUGGUGAGUUUCGCGGAGGGCAAGAACGAGGAGGAAAUGGAUAUCGAGGUCGCAGCCUACCUCAGUUAA